GGGUGUCGUUGCGCAUGCGCAGAAAGCGUCAGGCGCGUGACGGUAUUCCCGGAAGUGUGUCGCUCUGGCUGGCAUCGCCGCCGCUCCCUCAUCGCGCCAUUGAGAAGUCAGGGAAGCUUUCUCUAACCUAUAAACUCGCAGUACCCGCAGGUCCACGCUGUGCAUCAUGGCCGAGCAGGAGCCCACACCAGAGCAGCUGGCCGCUAUCGCAGCGGAGAACGAACAGAGCGAGGCUGUCAACUACAAGCCACCGGCACAGAAGAGCCUUCAGGAGAUCCAGGAACUCGACCAGCACGACGAAAGCCUCCGCAAGUACAAGGAGGCGCUGCUGGGCAACUGCAGUGUUGCUGCAGAUCCCACCGUUCCCAAUAUUCAGGUGACACGGUUAACUCUUAUGUGUGAGACGGCUCCCGCCCCGCUGACCCUUGACCUGCAAGGUGAUCUGGAGUCCUAUAAGAAGCAGUCGUUCGUGCUGAAGGAGGCGGUGGAGUACAGGAUAAAGAUCAGCUUCAAGGUAAACAAAGAGAUCGUCUCGGGGUUGAAGUAUGUACAGCAGACCUUCAGGAAAGGGGUGAAGAUUGACAAGUCUGACUACAUGGUGGGCAGUUACGGGCCCCGGCCGAAUGAAUACGAGUUCCUGACACCCUUGGAGGAGGCGCCCAAAGGCAUGCUGGCCCGAGGCACUUACAACAUUAAAUCCAAGUUCACUGACGACGACAAGCACGACCACCUGUCCUGGGAAUGGAACCUCAACAUCAAGAAGGAAUGGAAAGAUUGAGUGGUUUCCAAA